UUAAGUGUUGGACUUUUGUUUUGGAUCUCGAGUUUUUCAAAACGUAUAUAUUGGUUCUUGGUUAUCGACAACUUCUGGCCGGGAAAUUUUUCACUUUGACUGCAGCCCAGGUUAUCGAAACACAAAUGGCAAGUUUAACUAACACCGAUGGUUCUCCCCUGAUUCGUGAGAGGAUGGAGGCCCUUAUUCGUUUGAAACAAAAAGAAAUUGUUGCUGGGCUAGAGACUUUCGAGACUGGAGGUGAAAUCUUUACGUUCGAUUCAUGGAGCAGAGGUGCUGAAGGAGGUGGUGGUGUUUCUGCAGUUUUACAGAAUGGCAAGACUUUUGAGAAAGCAGGUGUGAAUAUCUCUGUUGUUCAUGGAAACCUUCCUCCCAAGGCUAUCGAAAGGAUGAGAGCUGACCAUGCGAAAUUGGGUUCUAAUUCUAAAGAUGGAUCAGUGAAUUUCUUUGCUUGUGGGUUGUCGAUGGUUAUUCACCCAAACAACCCUCAUGCUCCAACAACACAUUUGAACUACAGAUAUUUCGAAACUUGGGAUGAAAAUAAUGUACCUCAAACCUGGUGGUUUGGAGGUGGUGCUGAUUUGACUCCCCACUAUUUGUAUCCUGAAGAUUGCAAAUUGUUUCAUCAAAGCCAUAAAGAUGCUUUGGAUAAAUACGAUAUUCAUUUGUAUCCCAAAUUCAAGAAAUGGUGCGAUGAAUAUUUCUUCAUCAAACACAGAGGCGAAUCUAGAGGUAUUGGUGGUAUUUUCUUUGAUGAUUAUGAUAACAAUGAUCCAGAAAUUAUUUUGAAGAUGGUUGAAUCAUGUUUUGAUGCAUUUUUAUCGAGUUAUUUACCAAUUAUUGAAAAGAGGAAAGAUUUGCCAUUUACUGAAGACGAGAAGAAAUGGCAGUUAAUCAGAAGAGGCAGAUAUGUGGAAUUCAAUUUAGUUUUCGAUAGAGGUACUCAGUUUGGCUUACAAACUCCCGGCUCAAGAAUUGAAAGUAUAUUGAUUUCUUUGCCUUGUCAUGCCAGUUGGUACUAUGAUCAUCAUCCAGAACCUGGCUCAAGAGAAGAAGAGCUAAUAGAAGUCUUGAGAAAUCCUGUAGAUUGGGUCUCAUUUUAAAUAAGAUUUUAAUGUUGAUAUGUGUAUAUGAUUUUUAUUAUUUAUUAUUUAUUAUUUAUUAUUUAUUAUUUAUUUUCUUUUUUUUUUCUUUUUUUUGUUACUAACUCCU